AUCGAUGGCACCCUCAUGUACCCCUCAGGCACCUACAGCUGCAAUACAGCUACCGUACAGCUACCGCCGGGCGAAAUAUGUCACAUCAGACCAAUGUAGCUUGUCGCAGGGCAGGGUUGUAUGGCGCUCUGUGAUUGAAGCACCGCAUGUCCUCACUCCUCCACCGAGACACCAAGCUGGGCCAAGUAGUAGUAGCAGCAGUGGUAUGUAGUGGUAGCUACAGUCGCACCUGUGACCUGCAUAGGAAAAGGAAAGGCGGAGAAGCCAAACGAUCCAAUGUCCACCUAUCUGACCUCUCACACCAUAUUUUCUUUUUUCAGCUGCUCUGUGUUCUCUCCAUUCCUCCAUUCUGUCUUGUUCAUCCCAAAUCCAUCGAUUAUUCUACGGAUCGGACGUUCGGCCUUCACGGAUUGAUUUCUCCGAUUUUUCAAUUAAACUUAACCACAAGACAAGCACGCAUUCAAGUGGGUGGGGUGGGUCAGAGCGCGUCCCCCGUACGCGCCAAAGUUACUGCACCAAAAUGUUUCAGAGAAACGAUAGCUGGUAGAAACCUUCAUCAAAUCCCCUCUUCUUCACCCACCACGUAUAUGAAUCCCACGCCGGCAAUUAUGGCUGCAGCAAAUGGGAUGCCACCCAUGGCCAUCAUGGAUUUUGUGCAGAGAUUUCAGGCGUUGCAGAUGCAGCGGGAUAGCAGCGAUGAACUUAUUAAGGUAGCGACUCACUUCUGUGCGGCAACCAUUGAGGGGCGUUCCUGACUUUUGGGCAUUAGGAUUUGUUGAUAUAUUGUGAGGGCGUGGAACGACGAUUGGGAAGUGAGAAUGCCCUGUUGAGAAAGGAAUUGGAGGAUGCGCAGUUGGAUUUGGAUGAUGCCAGGAAAUCUAGAAGGGAUUUGCAGUUGCAGUUGAAUGUUGCCAAUACACGGAUGGGACAGAUCAAUGGUGAUUGCGAUUCUUUACGGGUAGGACCACUGGCAGAUUCAUUGGGGAAUCUCUCACUGAAGUCUGGCAGAAUCGAAAUCCUUACAUUACGGUAUUAAUUGAUGGAGAUGGGAUGAUUGUAAGUCCGAGCAGAUCCCAUACCAGUUCACCACUAAUUUUAGAACAGUUCAACGACGAAUUAGUAGCCCUAGGCCUCGAAGGCGGAAAACAAGCUGCCAAUCUCCUUCGCAAUACGGUCCUGCAACAUUGCAGCGAACUCACAAAUGAAAUCGAGAUUAUGGCAAAGGUGUGUGCCAAUGUUAGCGGUUUAACGAAUGCCAUGCGACGAAAUGGCUCCCUUGCCAAUUCGGACGAUUUAAGAGAAUUUACGUUGGGUUUUACACAAGGAAAAGCUUCAUUUGAUUUUAUUGACGUGGGCCAUGGAAAGGAACGCGCAGAUUCAAAAGUAAAAGGUACAUCGUUUCCCCUUGGCAAACGAAUUGCUGUCUAACAACUGGAUGUUGUAGAAAAUAUGCGCUGGCAUCUCCGAAACCAUAACUGCAAACAAAUUCUGCUCGGAAUCUCCCAUGACGCAGGCUACGCCCCCUUCCUGGACGAAGUAAUUACCCCCGAAGACCGCUAUCGAAUAACCAUUAUCGAAGGUCCCCCCGUCGUCCGCGAGCUCACGGCAACCGGUCUUCAAGUCCUGAAUUUCAACAACAUAUUCCGCGCCGAGAAACUGAUAUCUCGUCUUCCAACACCACCAACGACAACAACCUGGGCAGGAGCCGUAGCUGCCCCUCCCUCACCUGUUAUAUCAAAUACAAACUUCUCCAAAAGCGCUACUACUGCCGCCGUCCCCGCCGUUACAACCAAAAAAACCCCCAAGCCAACACCGACCUGGACGCCUGGCCCACGUGGUCUCGAUCCCCCUAUUAUAGUAAACGCCACCGUCCUAGACAAGAUAAAACGGCGCACCACAAACAACAAAUUAUGUAACAACCAUUACCUGCGCGGACCCUGCGCGAAGGGCUCCGAAUGCCAUUUCGAACACGAGUAUAAAGCCACGGAAGAAGAUUUGAAGGCGAUUGCCUAUUUAACGAGAUUGAAUCCCUGCUUGAAUGGCCAGGAUUGCGAGUUGGAGUAUUGUAUUUAUGGACAUCAUUGUCCGAGUGUUACGCUGGUUGCCAGGGAGGGGGUGGGCAAGGAGCCGGUUUGUUUGGCGUUUGGUUGUCGGUUUGCGAAGGAGGAUCAUCCGGCGGGGACGACUAUUAAGCAUCCGAGGAAGGAGAGGUGGGAAGGGGGGUAUGAUAAGUAUUAG